UUUUUGGAACCUCUCUAUCGAAGCUAAUGGCGGAACUAAAUGGAGUCAUGCCGACCAUAGACUUAGGAGAGGUUUCUGAUAAGAUUCUGAAUCAGAAAAUCCGUGAAGCGAGUGAGAGAUGGGGAUGUUUUAGGGUGAUCAACCAUGGGGUUUCAUUGUCUUUGAUGUCUGAGAUGAAGAAGACUGUUAUUGAUCUCUUUGAGCGUCCAUACGAGGUGAAACUGCGUAACACCCAUGUGUUACUAGGUAGUGGUUACAGGGUUCCAAAUGAAACCAAUCCUUACUAUGAAGCCUUAGGUCUCUAUGACAUGGCUUCUCCUCAAGCUGUCAAUACCUUUUGUGACCAACUUGAAGCUUCUGCGGAUCAAAGGGAGAUUAUGGUUAAGUAUGCAAAAGCUAUUAAUGGACUUGCAACGGAUCUAGUGAGAAGAUUAGCAGAGAGUUACGGACUGGUUGAGACCGAGUUUUUCAAAGGAUGGCCGAGCCAGUUUCGGAUCAACAAAUAUCAUUUCAAACCCGAAGCAGUCGGGAAGCUCGGUGUGCAGUUACACACGGAUUCCGGGUUCUUGACGAUUCUUCAAGAUGAUGAAAAUGUUGGUGGACUUGAAGCUAUGGACAGUUCUUCAGGAAAGUUUUUCCCUAUAGACCCGUUGCCAAACACGCUUGCUAUCAACCUCGGUGACAUGGCUACGAUAUGGAGCAAUGGAAGGUUGUGCAAUGUGAAGCAUAGAGUGCAAUGCAAAGAAGCAACAAUGAGGUAUUCUAUUGCUUCCUUCUUAUUGGGACCAAUGGAUACAGAUUUGGAACCUCCAAGUAAGUUUGUGGAUGCAGAACAUCCGAGACUAUACAAGCCUAUUAGUCACGAAGGGGUACGGAAUAUUAGAAUGACUAAAAAAUUGCAUGAUGGAGAAGCUCUCAAGCUUAUUACCCAUGAGAAGCUAGAUAAAUGACCAGGGGCAUUGUAAGAUUGUUGCGUUGCGUAAUGGAAUUAGAAACUGCAGAUUAUUGUCAAAGUCCCUAGGAAUGAGAAAUAAAGAUGUAUUUUUUUUUUGUUUUUUUGUGGUUCGAAAAUAAAGAUGUCAACCUAUUGGAUUGUUGCACAAUCUAUGAAAUUCUUACCUUAAGUUUUCUGUGGAUGCAA